AUGUCUCCUCCUGCUGCCUUGUACGAGUCUGCCCCCGUCGUCACCGACAUCAAGGGUAAAGUGAAUGUGUCCGAGACACUCACUACAGCCCUGACCGGCCAGGGCCAGAGCAAACUCCUGGAGCAGUUUGGUGGCAAGUGGGAUGAGUUCAAGUUCGCUCCGAUUCGUGAGAGUCAGGUUUCGCGUGCCAUGACUCGGCGAUACUAUCAGGAUUUGGACAACUUCGCUGAGAGUGACGUUGUCAUUGUCGGUGCAGGAUCCUGUGGCCUCAGCACUGCCUAUGUGCUGGCCAAGGCCCGUCCAGACCUGAAGAUUGCCAUUCUCGAGGCCUCCGUGUCCCCUGGGGGUGGUGCUUGGCUUGGUGGUCAACUUUUCUCUGCCAUGGUUCUGCGACGCCCCGCAGAUGCGUUCCUGAAUGAGCUGGGUGUUCCUUUCGAGGAGGAGCCGAACAACCCCAACUUUGUGGUCGUGAAGCACGCGGCUCUUUUCACCUCGACUCUUCUGUCGCGCGUCCUGGCUUUCCCCAACGUCAAGCUCUUCAACGCUACCUGUGUCGAGGAUCUGAUCACCCGCCGCGAUGGUGACAGCGUUCGCAUUGCCGGCGUGGUCGUCAACUGGACCUUGGUAACUCUCCACCACGACGACCACUCCUGUAUGGACCCCAACACUAUCAACGCGCCCGUGAUCAUCAGUACCACCGGCCACGACGGUCCCUUCGGCGCAUUCUGUGCCAAGCGUCUCGUCUCCAUGAACACCAUUGAAAAACUGGGUGGCAUGCGCGGUCUGGACAUGAACGCGGCCGAGGACGCCAUUGUCAAGAACACUCGUGAAGUCACCAAGGGCCUGAUCAUUGGUGGCAUGGAACUCUCUGAAAUCGACGGUUUCAAUCGUAUGGGUCCAACUUUCGGUGCGAUGGUCAUGAGUGGCGUGAAGGCCGCCGAAGAGGCUUUGAAUGUCUUUGACGAGCGUAAGCGCGAGUGUGCCGAGUAG